AUGACCACCAUGGAGACGCUCUCUUGCGCCCAUAACUUGUCACCUGGCCACUCCGCUGCGGCUACAUCAAAAAUGUCAGUCAUCGGAUCAACCAAGUGGCUGGACGCGCAAGCUGAGCACCAGGCGGCUCUCAGGACAAUCCCUUCGUGCCUGACGCUGUGCGACCUCAAGAAUGACAACUACCAUAAGCUAGUGGCGGCGGAAAUACCCGCGAAUCUCGUGUCAAAGUCACACCUGAAGGUGUACAAGGGAACCACGCUGAUUAGCGAACAGGGACUUCCCGGAAUUCCGGUCGCCGUCGAGAGUCUCUACACUGAGGAACAUGAGCCCAAAGUGCCCAUAAUCGCCGUGGCUGUUGGACCAUCUGUUCUCUUCUAUCGCAACAUGAAACCGUACUUCAAGUACACACUGCCGGGUCUCGAGGUGGAGAGUGUGGAGCACGAUGUGUGGCGAAAAUUACCAACUGAGCGCCCUGAGAAUGUGCGAUCGCUCAUUGCGAGUCUGCGAUCUGUGGAGCUGAGCCGAUUGACGGUGACAUCGCAGCGAUUGAUCGGAAUGCCAGAUGAGGAAGUUCAGGGAUACAUUAACGAUCACAGAGAUUCUCCGCUGCAGCGUCUGCCCACAAUCACGGCGAUGACCACUCUCAGGCGCACAUCGAGUGACAUUAAGGCAGUUUCUUGCCUGGUCAUCGCCAGCGAGUCGGGGGAGAUUUUCAUUCUGGACUCUCAGGCAUUCACGGUGCUCCAUCGCGCCAGAUGCUGCUCUUCGCACGGCACGCCGUGCAUGAUCUCGGUGAGUGGGCAUUUCGACAUAGACUUCCGCAUUGUUGUGUCCACACGCGAGGGCGGCGUGAGCAUCUUGAGGAAGUCCUGGCUCGAGGGACGCCAGAUCAUCAGACUCGAUCACCCGACAACAGGCCUGGCGAUUCUGCCCAUCGAUCAGACCAUCGUCGUGGUGUGCAUGAACAACUCCCUGAUGUGCUACUCGAAGAAGGGCAAGCGCCUCUGGUCCGUCACCCUUCCCGCCCACUCCAUCUGCAUGGUGCCCGUCCUGCUGUCCCACCUCGGCAUGACGCUCGUCUGCGUGGCCCUCUUCGGCGGCCUCGUCCAGCUGUACCUGGGCAAGCAUCUCGUGGACCAGUUCACAGCGCCCGACACCGUGUCUGCCAUGACAUUCGGCCGGCUGGGACAGGAAGAUCACGUGCUGGUGCUGGUGACAGUGGAUGGGUCGCUGAUCAUUAAGAUUCUCAAGCGCACCGCCGAGUUUUCUCCGCGCCUCAUCGGAAAUGAGGUGACGGGCAAAUUAUCCAAUCAAAGUGCGGAGGACAGUGCCAAUGCGGGCAAUUUGCGCAUACCGAAAAAAACGAAAGUCUUCGUGGAGCAGACAAUUCGUGAGAGAGAAAAUGCCUCAGCCAUCUAUCAAUCAUUCCAAUCCGAACUCUGGCGUCUCCGGCUCACUGCCGCUCGCGCCACCGUGGAUGUGAUCAAUCUGGCGGAGAGCACAUUGUCCGGCGACGGUGCUUUCGCCCCAAUCAAAAUGUCAGCAGAAGUCUUAGGUCUCGGUCCUGUCUUUCGACUGAAGCUCCGCCUGGAGAACAUGGCCAGCCGCCGUCGCGAAGCCAGCAAUCUCUGCGUCCUCCUUCAUGCGGAAAAUCGCCACUACACACUCGAUAGACCAUUCGCGCGUCUGCCACCACUUGCACCUGGAGUUCCACUCACGAUCGACUUCAAAGUCACCGUCAUCAUCGAUCCCACAGAUGGUCUCCCGCCACCCGAUCUCACGCCCGAUAACUCCGUGAUUAGAGUGAUGAUCUUCAAGUGUGGCCAGGCAAAACCACUGAUAGCGGCCACAAUCUCCAUGCCCAGUCCAGAAUUGCAGGCAUUUGAAGUGUAUUAAGCCACUUUUAAAUAGUGCAAAAAGGUCACUGUGCCCAC